AUGCCUAAGCCCACACGCAAGAAGGGCUUCGUCGUCGUUCGUGGUUCCAACAGCGAGGAUGAUAUAGUGAUUCCCCAAGCACGUACCAUUCGGCUCUCCAAGACUGGGCUCAACAUAAUCCAGACUCCUCGCUCCCCCCAAAAAGGCGCCAUCCCGCCUUGUCGCGUUCCAUCUCCGGUGUACGAAUGGCAUCCCAGUACCGAUUACGACUGCGAAACGGCCAAUCAUGGCGUUUCCGAGGACGAGGCGGUGAAUGAGAUUGAAGAAGUACCUACUGUGGCAGCCAAGGUUGCCGCGAAGCGUUACCCAACCUCAGAUGCUCCGUUACGGGAAUGGGCUGGGGGGGAAAAGUCAGACCCAGGCUUUCGGGAUGAAUACCUCCAGGAGAUGCUGAGGUUGGAAGGAAGGGGCGACGCCGCUUCUCAUGCACAGUGCACAACCUGUCCAUCCGCGCAAGCGAUCUAUCGCCAUCUCCCGCUCCACAUCAUCCAGCGUUGGAAUGGUAAUUUCUUCGAAAAGGUGACCCUCAAGUCGAUGGGUCUUCGCGUACAACUGGGACACAUUAACUCCGUCUGCGUGGCUCCUCACCCCGGCCACAAAGACUUCAUCGUUAUGCACACAAAUGGCUUGCACAACGUCGCCGUCGAUUUUUGCGGCUGUGACAAACGAACGAUAUCGGAUCGCCAACAGCUGAUGCGAAGCGAAUGGUUCCCUGCGACGAUUCACCACCCCCAAACGUGUGCAACCUUCCGACUGCUGGAGUUGUUCCACGUUGUUACCCUUAUGGGGAAAUUAUCCGCUCACGAAUUUUACAAAUCCCUCGAGUAUCUGACUGACAACACUGAGCUGAGUAUCCCAAAGCAUGCCCAAUCCCCAAUGUUUUUAUAUGUUCUCAUUGUUGCCAUGGACGCCAAUUUCCGACUGAAAAAUUUAAUGUGUUCAAGCUUAAAGAAGGAUCCCGGUCUUCACACCGGCUUCGCUUACUUCCCAGAAGACGCGCCGUAUCAAAAGCACAUUCUAAAAUAUGCAACUCAGAAAGAUAUUAGCACAUGUAGCGGUUUCAAGACAUUAGCCAACACUGAGACCCAGUUUUCGACGGGCUUACGGUCGACAGGGGUAGGAAUGUAUUGUAAUAUGGACUACAUUUUGCUUUCCGCCCUAGCCCCGCUCCUCGUCGCGGCUGUUUUCGUCUCUUACGAUAUUGCUUGCCAGUUCAAGCUCAAGUUCGCGAAGCGUAUACCCAAACUACCGGCAGCAAUACACCUCCCAUCUUCUGUCGCCGUUGAAUGGGGUAUCCCCAAGUGCCAUUGCCCUAUGCACAAGGUGCCAUGUCAGGCACCCCACUCCUUAAACUUCAAAUCUGGCAUUGGUCGAACUGAUGGCGAGGGAAUAGAGCAGAGUUGGGCAGAGCUGAACCGAGUGGCCAACAGCACAAAAGAGAUGGGUCCUGGGUCUAGGCAUGAUAUGCUCGACGAUCACCUUGGACACCACAAUUUCAGAAAAUAUGUCGCCCUUGGCCGGACAUUACAUACUCGCCUUCUACUCGCAAUACCUGAACAGAAGCGUCAACAAUCUAUUUUUGAGGAUUUCAGUGCUUCGUUGGCGGAGAAAGGGGGGCUGGAGAAAGAAUGGACCCAGAUGAUAUUGGAUUGGGAGAAAGACCCCAAGAAGAAAAAUCCGUAUCUCUCUGUGGUGUCUCAUGCAUCUCAGGAUGAGGUAAAGAAACAGCUGCUUGAGGAGGAAAAAAAGCAGGCGGCGGCGGGUAUGCCCCAGCUUCACGACACCGGACCGACAUCAUUUCUUUCUAUGGGCUUAAUUAUCGAGGAAUCACAACAUAGAAUUAUUUGGGACUCAAGAAACCCUGCUGAGCUCACUAUUCGACAAGAGAACGAGUUGCAACGGCGCUGCCUGCUGCUCCAACGCGAAAUCAAGCGCUUCCGCAAUCUUCAAGCACUCUACAUGCCGGCCGCUACCGUGAUGUCCGUGGAGCAUGAGUCAAUUCAGAGAGAGCUUCCCGAAACCCAACGUGACAGCGUCGAACCUGAGCAUCAACCCCUUUGGCUCCCCUCGGCUCUUCCUUCUGCCCAGCGCACCCACAACUGCAGUACGGUGCUCGUCGACAUCAAGAUAAAACUGCGCAAAGCGCAGUGUCAUGACAUAUUGGACAAAAUCCGAAAUGUGCAACGAGGCCGACUCGCAUUCAUUGGCUUCCGUAAUCGCAAUAUUCGGGGACAAAACCCAAACACAAGGGCCAAAGAUACUCUUGAUCGCCUGGAAGACAAAACGAAGUCUUUGGCUGUGAAAUACCGAAACAGCCGGAAGGCGCUGCUGGAAUUAUUGGGUCCGGGGGAGUGGGAGAAGACCCUGCGUAAAUUGAGCAAAGGGGACCUCACCACCCCCGAUGGUGAGGAGAUCAGCAUCUACGACCCAAAUGAUCCAGUGGGCCUCGAUGGACGUGAACGAUCGAAAAAACAGCGCAAGAUCGACAAAUUGGGUCUUGGACAAGGGAAGAAGACUGUCUCGUGGAUUUGGAUGAGCGCGGACGCGAUCGGGGAUGGUAGCGAUGCAGAGCUACAUGAAGCGGUCCGCAUUGAAUGGGCCAAGGCUCGCGCACGAUUUUUGAGGUGGACAGAGGAGGUAAUGUUGUUGAAGGAAGAAAUGCGAAGGGUUCGCAAGACGUUGGAGUGGAGGGCUAUGUGGUGGGAACAGCGUCGAGAGGGAUGGGAAAGUCAGGAUGGGGCGAUGCGUGAAGGUAUAAGGGCGUACGCGACCCGGCAGGCGGGUAUACAACGUGGUCUUUGCCUUCGCUUUACACGGCUAUGGGAUAAGCCACUCGUACCAUUUGGUAGCCAAGAGGAGAGUAACGAGGGACCUGGUUCUGCUCUGGAUCCCCUCCUGGAGUCCCUGGUGGAAGAGGACGAGUAG